AUGAUGAACAAACCAACAUCAGGUCACCAGAUCAAGUAUCUGGCCGUGGUGGCUUCCCUCGUUUUCAUCUGGCUCGUCUGGCGUCUCGAUCUUCACUCAGAGGUGGCCGAGCAUGCCCGCAAGAUCACACACCCCAACAGCACGCCGUACGAUGGCCUCGCCAAAGCCGGCAACAGCGAGGUCCUCCCUCCUGCAAAGGCUGUCGAGUACUGUGACCACUUCCGCCUGAAGCCGGCCAACACGGAGCUGGUCCGCAAGCGCAAGGUGUACGACCUGCUCCUCAUCAACACCGAGGUCGAGAUGCUCGAGGUCCGCCUCGGCCAGAUGGCUCCCUACGUCGACUACUUUGUCAUUCUCGAGUCGUCCCUGACCUUCACCGACAACCAGAAGCCGCUGUACAUCAAGGAGAACUGGGACCUCUUCAAGCCGUGGCACCACAAGAUGAUUCUCCGCGAAAUGGACCUCGAGGCCCUCAAGGAGAGCAGCACCUGGGACCGCGAGGCCAAGAGCCGCAACGCCAUGUACGAGCAGGUCAUCCCCACGCUCGAGGGCGAGCAGCAGGCUUCUAUCGAUGACAUUCUCAUCGUCUCCGACGUGGACGAGAUCCCCAAGCCCGAAGUCCUACGCGCCCUGCGCAACUGCGAGAUCCCGCCCCGCGUCUCCAUCCACUCCAAGAUCUACUACUACUCCUACCAGUGGCUCUCCCGCAACGACUGGAACCACCCCCAGGCCACCGUCUACCGCGGCGUCGACACCGUCCUCCCCCACGACCUCCGCCACAACGCAAACGACCACCACUUCAACCAGGGCGGCUGGCACUGCAGCUACUGCUUCAGCACCGUCGAGGAGAUGGCCCAGAAGAUCAACUCCUUCUCCCACGCCGAGCUCAACAAGCCCGAGUUCAAGGACCCCGACUGGAUUGUUUCUGUGGCCCGCCGCGGUCACGACAUCUUCGGCCGAGGCGAGUCCAACUUUGACCGCAUCGAGGAGAACCACGACGUGCCAGACUACGUCAAGAAGAACUCGGACAAGUUCAAGUACCUGCUGGACCGCGAUCCUCUCAAUGCCAACUUUAGGGACUACACUCCCAAGGCCACCUCAACGCCCGCGGCUUGA